AAUUUACCUUCAGAAGAUUCUAGAAAGGAGGCAGGAGGAAACCUUUCCAUCAAGGGCCACAAGUAAUAUAAUGGAUUGUGUUCUAAGCCUGCUGGUCAGGCCAAAAGAUUCAACAAUGGUCAAAGUGGAGAUCUGGGAAUAAUCCUUUUUUCUUGAACAUAUAUGAGAAUGAUAAAUCUUAGAGGGAAGGCUAUGACUGAAAUGGAUCAACUAGGAGUGGUUUCUCAUCUCUUACCGAAAUAUAAAAGAGAAGACGUGUACUUUCUUGACCAAGAAGAGCCUGUGAUGAGUUGUUGAUGAGCACACUCUUUUGAAAACAUGGGAUGUUCCAACUCUGCCGCAAAAGAAGCUAAGAAACUUGAAACAAGCGUUAAGGCAGCUCUGCUCAUUCAGUCCUGGUACCGCUGUUAUAAGGCUCGGUUAGAAUUAAGGAGGCGCCAGGCCUUGUCAAUCUUUGAGAGCAUUGAAUAUGCUGAUGAGCAAGAUCAGUUGCAGCUUGCCAAAUUUUUCACAUUCAUGCUGGAAAACUACACACAGAAAAAGGAGGAAAAUUCAGUAUAUCAGUCCAUAGCUUCUAUAGAAAACCAAAGACUAGACACAAAAACUGUUCUACGUAUGGUAGAAGUACCAGACUCUUAUGAAGGACCUCGGCUAAUGUUCCCUCUCACUUAUAGUGAUGUCUUACUUCUUAUUAAGGCUUUCAAGGAAAACCAGAUAUUACAUGCCCGUUAUGUGCUAGAAGUAUUAGUAGAAGCUAAGAAGGUCCUGAAACAAUUGCCAAAUAUCACUCACAUAAUGUCCAUUGAAACCAAGGAAUUAACAAUCUGUGGUGAUAUACAUGGGAAAUUAGAUGACCUUUUUUUGAUCUUCUACAAGAAUGGUCUGCCCUCAGGGAAUAACAGAUAUGUUUUCAAUGGCGAUUUUGUAGAUAGAGGGAAAAAUUCCAUGGAGGUACUAAUGGUCCUAUUUGCAUUGUUUCUUGUCUUUCCUAAUGAUGUGUAUUUGAACAGAGGGAACCAUGAAGAUUUUCUAAUGAACCUGAGGUAUGGCUUCACGAAAGAAAUUACAUCAAAAUAUAAGAAACAUAGUGCAAAAAUAUUGCACUAUUUGGAAGAAGUUUAUACGUGGCUUCCAAUUGGCACUCUAAUUGAUAAAAAAGUUCUGGUUGUGCAUGGAGGAAUAGCAGAUGAUACAGAUUUGGAAAUACUUAACAAAUUGAAAAGAAAUAAGAUGAGAUCAGUCCUAAUGCCACCAUCAACACCGUCAGAAAUUGAAUUAAGAAAUAUCCAGUUCCCCUAUAACUUUCAAACAUCAUCGAUGUCUUUGGAUCAGAUGCCAAAGGAUGACUGGGACCAGAUAAUCAAUAUUCUUUGGAGUGAUCCCAGAAAGAAAAAAGGCUGUUCCCCAAACACAACUCGAGGAGGAGGUUGUUAUUUUGGACCGGAUAUUACCAACCAGAUACUGAAUAAGUUUGCCCUGAAGAUGAUUAUCAGGUCUCAUGAAUGUAAACCGGAAGGUUUUGAAAUCUGCCAUGAUGGAAAGGUUAUCACAUUGUUCUCUGCAUCUAAUUACUACGAAGAAGGCAGUAAUAGAGGUGCUUACCUCAAACUGAAGAAAGAUCUGAUCCCUCGAUUUUUCCAGUACCAAUGUAGCCAAAUGGUUAAAUCAAAAACGCUUCAUGAAAGUGUGAAUAUUGUUGAAAGCACUGCCUUCAGGAUUUUAGGAGAGAAGUUGAUUGCCAGGAAUUCUGAACUGAUGCAGGUUUUCAAAAUGUAUGAUGUGAACAAAACCGGAAAAAUUACAUUUUAUGAAUGGGGAAAGGCUGUAGGUCAGGUUUUAGAAAUGGAUUUGCCAUGGCUAUCAUUGUGCCCUCGACUGGCCCAAAGAACUGAAGAUGGAUAUGUUUAUUAUAAGAUGGGUUUUAAGAAACUGACUGCUAUAAAUGCUCCAAAACAGGUUAAAUCAGGGAUGUUCCAAACACUGGUAAGAUACAGAAGAGAUUUAAAGAUCAUAUUUAAUGUCAUCGACAAAGAUAAGUCAGGUCUGAUCUCCCUUGAAGAAUUUCGUGAUAUUUGGAAACUUUUCUGUUCUCACUAUGGCAUUAAAAUUGAUGAGGCUCAUGUUGAUCAACUGGCUAAUGCCAUGGAUCUCAACCAUGAUGGCAGUAUUGACUUUAAUGAAUUUUUAACAGCCUUUGAUGUGGUUCAUAGAUUGGGAGAUGAACCGAAACCUUAGAAGUAGACAUGCCUAUGAAGUGGAUUAGAUUGCCUCUACAAUGUUAAGCCUUCAUGCAGAGCUAAAAUCUUUAUCAGGGCACUUGGCAUUUAUAAACAGUGGAGGAGGAAAGUAGACUCCCAGCUAUCUCAACCAGUAUGGAAAACAGUAUAUACAAAAGAAGUUUCCAGUGAGCAAUUAAUGAUAGAUAUAAAUUACAUACCUUCUUGGAGAGUCUAUGCUUUAGGUUUAGGGCCACCGAUGGUCAAGUCAAAACUGAUGUUCUUGGGUACUGAUCCCAAUUUAAUCUGGAGAUCAAAGCACAAUCAGAAUAAUACAAUUUAACAAAUGAAGUCUAGAAAAAAAUGAAAGAAACCCCCAAAUUAUAAAAAAAAUUAGUCAGCAGUCUGUAUGUGAAAGAUCAUGGAAUGAUAAGGUGAGGAAUUGGUGAAAUAAAAUGUUAUUUCCAUCUCUGUCAUCUUUUUUAAAUAUACCAUAGUUGCCAAGUUCCUUUUGAACAAGUUGAAAGAAACAGAUGGAUGAUGUGAUAAAAUCAUAGUGAGACUUCUGACUACAUCAGAAGUUAUCCUGCUCUCCAAAUAACACUUCCAACUACGUAGUUGCUCUUAACGUUGUUGAAUUGUAAAGUCUUUCUCAAGAUUUGUAGAACUGUGUGCAUUCAGAACAAACAAGAAGAAAACACAGAGGAA